AUGGCUGGAUCAACUUCCCCCGACUUGGCUCAACAACUCGACCCAAUUACAGCACGGACACUCUUCAAGUUUGUUCGAGGCGAAUCCCCAUGCUUGUGGUACAAGUUCAAGCGCUUCGAGAGCCUUAGCCUACUCAAUCUAUAUCAUCUCCAGGAUGAGUUAGUCGGCCUGGAUCAGGCCAUUGGCAGGCGGGGUGGAGAGGUGACCCCGAAGCAGACUGCUCAACUUCGUACGCUGCUCAAGGAAUAUCAGGAGUCUAUCAUUAGAUUCCGCGAUAUUUCCCAAAUGAAGCGCCCCGACAUGGAGGGGCGCGGCGAGCUUGUUCAGACUCUGAGCGACAGGCUGCGGAAUGGAUACUACAAGGACGCACCAGAUGCCCUAGGUUUUCUCGACCUAACGCCCACCGCACUCGGCGUGGAACCCGACCCAAUCCGUGUUCUGAUCACCAAGACUAUCUCGAGGGCCAGCCCCUCCGAUGGGCUACAAGCCCGGGGCACCUUCUCCCCUCCCUACGCGCAUCGAUACGGGGCGGGAUCUUCGUCACACUCUACCAAAGGUCAAUUUCUGGAUGUUGAGAAGGGAAAUGACGGCGAACAGGAACAGGUCGAUAUCGAACUCUAUGAGCAACGCACCCCGGGUGUGACGGGCACGGACGACGAUGUGGGCAAGGACCUUGAAGAUAUAAGCCGCCCCAUUCAACAUCAAAUCACCGGUUUCGUGGAUUAUCUGUCGCGGCUUCUGGUUACGAUCCUGGCUUCCCUCUUUCUCAUCGUGCCCAUGGUCGUCCUGUCCUAUGUGGAACCCAAGUGGGCUCGGCUGCUCUCGGCUUCCUUGUUUGUUCUCCUAUUCGCCGUGUACGUCUCGCUCGUCUCCAAAGGCAGCAAUCAGGAGAUGGUCAUGUGCAGCGCAGCGUAUGCUGCAGUCAUUGUAGUUUUCGUUGGCCAGACAAAUUGA